CCUGCUCCAGCGCUGACCCCAGUUGUCCCAAUUGACCUACCGGCGCUGGGUCUCUGACGCUUUCUCCAUUGUUGAGCCCUCACAUCCCAUUUUUAUUUAAUGGUUCAGUGGUAAUACAAUCAAGCCCGCUGUCUGCGGUGCGCAGGGUGAACCACCAUGGUCUCCAAAUCCACCCACGGUACCCCAGCCGUUCCCUCGCGAAAUGCCCUACGAGUCCUCCGCCGAUUAGCUCUUGCAGGGUCGACUGUGGGAAGCUUUUGUACGGUUGCAGCUAUUACCUACGACGUACAUCGUCGGGUGCGCGUCGCGGAACGAAUAGUCGAGAAUAAGCGGGCCCUUCAGACGUCUGCGCCAAAUUACGAUGCAACGUCUGCGGCAAGACGACUCGCACGUAUGAUGGAGGCGGCUGAAGCGGGGGAGUUCAUGGGCCUGGAAUCAUUGAAAGAGCAGGAUCGGAAACUACGGGAAGCGCAAGCUUUUCCAGCUAAGGUGGACAUGCAUGGCGACGAUUUGAGCUUGGAUGCUCGGUCUCAAGACCAAGAACCUCCAGCCCUUGAACCACCUGCCCCUGCAGGGUCUUUUCUGGAUUCUGCACGUUUGAAGCUGAUUGACUCUCUCAACCCCGGACAAGAGCCAACGAACUCGCCCCUAGUGAACGACCUUCCUCCUAAUCUAACACGAUCCACGGAUGCCCUGGUCCGAGCAAAGACGGCCCUUUCACAGGCAACCAACAGCACAAGGAACGAAACUGCUAAGAAUGAGGCAGGGGAUACGCUGCAAGACGAACCAUCCAUCACCGAUCAAAUGCAGACACUUCUCGACCAUGGCCGGCCAAUCGAUGCUGCCCAUCUAUUUUUGGAUGCCCAUCCCGCGACGCUAAAGGGUAUAUCUUCGGACAGGCGGGAACUCGCAGUCAAAGCCAUGUACGCCAAUUGCAAGGAAGAAAACGUAAUGGUUGCGAGGAACAUAUUCGAGCGUCUAGAAGAGGUGGACAAAGUGUCCCAUGGCAUGUGGAAGAUCCUGUUGUUCGCAUUAGCGAGAAAUGGCAAUAUUGAAUCCGUCGGCACAAUUUUCAGUCGAUAUAUGCACAAGUUCAAGGUUCCACCGGAAAUGGUUGAUAUCGUUCUCCGAUGCCUGCUUGAGUCUCAUAGACUCACCACCGCAAAAUGGUUUCUUCUUCGAAACCUUGAGGUUGAUCGUGGCUGUGGUCUGUGCGGCGCAUAUCUUACAGGACUAUGGAAGAAAACAAGGAGCAUCGAGCUGUUGAACGGGCAAUUGAAGAAAAUAUUAACGAUACUUCCGCGGUUGCAGAAGGAGCCGACUGAUAAGCUCUUCAACCCCGUGAUCAAAGCUUAUGUGGAAUUUGGUCGGCUUGCCGAUGCCGAAGCUUUGGUCAAGGAAAUGACUACCACGUACGGCAUUCCCCUUCGCUGCCGGACCAAAGGUCUUGUGGUAUAUGGCAAGGCUUUGAGCUGCGACUGGGAGGGUGUGGACGCUGGGUUACGGGAAAUGCAUGAGCUUAAGCUGACCUCGAGACGGUUCGACUUUACACCGAUAUUCGAUCGCAUCUUUCUUGAAUACUGGGUGUCGCAUUCGGGCGACGAAAUUCGUGACUUUGUGUAUCGCUACAUCGACGAUUUCAAAUUGGUACCCGAUAAGAUCCUAUACAAACACAUCCUGGAGGCAUUUGUGGAAAAGGGGGACAAGGACAUGGUCGACGAAUUCAUACAGUUUGCACGUGAUCGUCGUUGGCCGACCUACAUCAAUGACCAGGAUUUCUUGGAAAUGCUACGAGUCCGUCGUCAUGCUCUUGAGGAAGCACCCGUGGGAUUUUGGCAGAUGUUGCAGGCGGCACGAGUGAAAUACGGGCAAGCCGCCACUUCACAACAUGUGCUCGGAUAUGACCAGCGUUCAUUCCCCGUCCCGGAAGUCAACCUGAUGCCAUAUACGCAGAGCCCGCUACCGUGGUACCAACGAACGCUGCAACAUGUGACACCUUCGAGGCCAGUUGAUCAAUACCAGAAGCUCCACAAGCAGAUGGUACAUUACAUGCAUGUUGGUAAGCUAAUAGAGGCCGUGAAGUGCUUCCAGAACGCCAAAAACGCACGGUUCCAAAUCAAGCAACUGCAUGUUGAACUGGCUGUCAUUUGCACACUGCUAGAGGAUGGCCUCGGUGCGGCUCGGGCUCUCAUUGAUGCUGAGUGGAGAAACAUUCGUCAUAUGAUCCAGUACUUCCCUCGAUUCUUCCGCCAGAUCAUGGAAGUGGGUUCCGAUGCCGAAGGAGAGCUCAUCAACAUGGCGGUACUCCGGUUCUACGAGCUCUGCUGGUCGAACAAGAAGAUGACGAUCAAGCACCACAUCACUGUUGCGACCAGCAGGCGGCUGAUCGCCCUGAAGAAGCCCGAGCUGGCCAUCGAACUGCUGGCAGCUGUUUACAUGUCCCGCUACCGGCAAUCCUUGGCCUUUGACGGGGUUUGCAUGAAAAUGUUUCUGCGUGCAUUUGCGGCGACCGACAAUAUUCCCGGCAUCCGGUGGUGCAUUCUGACCGCGCUUGCUCGAGGGAGCGCACUCAAUCGCGACUUCGUGAUUGAAACCCGCCGGGUCAUUGGCAACCUGCAUCGUCAGCUGGACUCAGUGACCGGGACGAAAGAAGCAUCUAGGCAGACCAAAAAGGUAGAGUACCUGACACACGCCGCUGAUCUGCUAGAAAAGAAAAGCGAGGGUGAUCCCCAGAUGUGGCAGCUCAAGACCAACCCGACGGUGAAAAAGGCCGGUCGCCAGAUGCUGAAACGACCCCUGGAUGAAGGACAGCUGUUCAAGAAGGCGCGUCUUCAAGAGACGGUUGGGGCAUGGGAUGAGGAAUAUGAGCUGGAGGCUGUGCUGGGCCGCAUUGAUAUCGACCCCAAAUCCAUCGCACUUCGAUGGAGCGAGAAGCACUGUCUGGGACAGAUUCGCGACGUUGAGGACUUGUUGUGAUCGGAGCAGGGGGGAUGAUGGAACCUGUACUUCAUUCACUUCGAUACUGUUUUAUCUUGUGUCAUUUGGUGUUCAUGUGUAAAUAGACCAUCCGGGCGAUUUGUGUAUACUACUAUAUUAGCGACGUGCCCUGACCUGUCUGGGCCGAACUAUCGAGUUCCAUCCUUCCAGGCACUAGACACUAGAGUUAACUAGAG